AUGACAAAUUUAUGCCACCAAUCAUUCCAAAGGCGUGCGAUGGGCAACUGUAUUACACAGCGUUCAGUAGGUCGUAUUUUUUACUCACCUCUUCGGUGCAUCUCACUUAGAUCUGGUAUACAUCUUCAAAAGUUCAAUGGCAAACCGUUGAACUAUCCGUCGCCCAUACCAAGUUCUUUUAUCCCUGAGGAAUUUGCCAAUCCUAUGUUAAAUCACGCCCUCAUAUUGCCAAAGUCUAUAGAAGAGGCCACACAUUUCGUCGAUAGAGCAAGCCACUGUAAGAAGAAUGCUCAAAUUGAAUUUUAUGAGCACACCCUAAAUCGUUGCACGCUAUGUAAUCUCAAGUUAAGUGGGAGCUACACUGUGCAUGCCAGCGCUGUUGAGCAUCAGGCACGAUUGGGGAUUUUAGAGAGAUCCAUCGCGCUUCUUGACACCUAUUUUACGCAUUUGUUGAGUCUGAAAACGAGUUCUUAUAGCUCAAAACGAUUUGGGACAAACCCUGUAGAAUCAUAUUCAGCGCUUUUAUUUACACAUACCUUGGAUGGUAAUGCGCUUCCCAAUCCCGAAUAUUUUAAAGAUAAUUUAGAUUUACUUAAAAGUAUCGAUUGGAUUGAGCUUUUAGUUCAGCGUUGGUGGAGGAUGCUCAACCCGAAGUAUGCAAAUGGAACAUGUUCCUUUGACUUUAAUCGAAUUCCUUCCCUGAGCUCAAGCAACUCACGUCAGCGCCUCUGGCGCUUGCGAUACCUUCUGCGUUUACUGAUACGCAAGCGAAUUUUGCGAGACAGCAUCCCCAAUUUCUCGAAUAGCGCCUUUUCGCGCUCCAACCGUUUUGAGCGCUGCGAAAUGUUAGGGGACAAUUUCAUCAAAGCCUUCUUUUACGAUCGCCUGCGCGCGCUCUUCCCGAGCGUGGAAGGCGGCAUAAGCAAGCGGUUAGCCCUGAUCCAACAAAUGCUCGACUCCAACGGCGGCCUGCUUGCGCUCUAUGACUACCUCAACAUUGACGAGCUGAUGAGGUCGGUCUUGCCGAAUAACAAGUCCAAGGCGGACGUGGUGGAAUCCGUCUUCGGGGAGCUGCAGACCUUCCUCAGCGCCGAUGAGAUGCGACAGGGGGUGGUGUGUUACCCGGUGCCGCCCCAGAACGGCCUGUGCUACCUUACCGCGAUGGUGUGGCACGUCCUUCACGAGCUCGCCCACGCCGCGGUGAUGUGGCGGGUGGAGAGUACCCUUCGCACCUCGGCUGCCGUCAUUCGGGUCUAUCUUGAGAUGAUAUGGCCCCUCCCGGGCUGUCCGAACGCUUUGAGAAGGAGGAUUCUCGGGGGGGAACCCCCGAGCAACGCGCUCGAGAUGCAUCUCGACCGCCCCCCGUACGCGACGCUUCCGCUUCUCACCCCGUAUCGUCGUCCUCAGCGGCGGGUUAGUGAUAGGGGAAAGGAGGCUUGGGAUUACGCAGAGACCGUCGCCCCGACGCGCGCGGGGCCUUCGCACGAGUGCGAGCGGCUGAUCUCGUCGGUGCCCGUUCUGAGGCCCACAUCAAUGCAGCAGCAGUACCAGCGGGGCGCUUUGCGCGUUUGGCGUGCGAAACAACAGCCGAAAGACACCGGGGUGGGGACGAACUCCCUUCUUGGAUCGCCAGCUCCUUACAAUUCGACUUCAAAUAAAUCGUUAGGGGCAAAGUGGUAUCCGUUAUGGCGACAGCACGAAGAGCGCACGCGUUUUCGUCAAGCAGAAAGUGAUGCCGCUCAGAAGUUUCAGUUAACGGAAGAGGAGUUGAGCAGUUUAAUGUCAGAGAAAGCGAAGCAGCUGAUUCAACUGAUGUCAACUACAGCGGACUUGAUCGAUCUGGAGGAGGGAUACCCUGAUUUUUCCCACAAGCCACAGCGACCCAAUAUCAACCUACUGCGUUAG